GAGAGUGAGUGGCUGGGGCCCCUCGGUCCGGAAUGGAUCCUUGACUCCAGACCCGCGCGAAGUUUGGGAUCCUGGGUAUGUGAUCUGGAUAUUAACCAUUCUUGGAUUUUGAAAGUGAACAGAAAUUUGGUUUUUGUUUUUGGAAAUUGUGUUUAUAUAUAUAUUUUUUCAGAGGCUUAAAGGAUGGCCUCUUCAGAGCUGGAACAAAUAUGCUCUUAUAUUAAUGAAAAGAUUAGCAAUAUUAAAACAUGUCUGUCACUAAGGAACUGUGGUCAAGAACCCACCUUGAACACUAUCUUAAAUAAAAUCGGAGAUGAGAUCGUGGUAGUAAAUGAACUUCUAAAUAAAUUGGAAUUGGAAAUUCAGUAUCAAGAACAAACUACUAAUACACUUAAGGAACUCUGUGCCUCUCUCGAAGAAGAUUAUAAAGAUGUGGAACAUCUCAAAGAGAACAUUCCUCCCCAUUUGCCUCAAGUAACAGUAACUCAGAACUCUGCCGCUGUGUCAGAUCUCGACCCUGAAGAGCCUGUCAAAGGUGAGGAACCUGUCAAAGGUGAGGAGCCUGGGGCCACAAAGAAGAAGCCCCCUAAAGAGCAAAGAAACAUUAAAGAAAUGCCCUUUAUAACUUCUGAGGAGUUUAAUGGCAUUCCUGCGUACAUGAAAUCCCGCUUAACCUAUUGUCAAAUUAAUGAUGUUAUUAAAGAAAUCAACAAGGCAGUAGUUAGUAAAUAUAAGAUCCUACAUCAACCAAAAAAGUCCACUAUGAGUUCUGUGGCCAGAAAUCUCUACCACAGAUUCCUUGAUGAAGAAACAAAGGAUACCAAAGGGCAUUAUUUUAUAGUGGAAGCCGACGUGAAGGAGUUCACAGCCUUGAAAGUGGACAAGCGGUUCCACGUGAUACUGAACAUCCUGCGGCACUGCCGGCGGCUGUCAGAGGUCCGCGGGGGCGGCCUCACGCGGUACGUCAUCACCUGAGGCCCGUGUGGGCUUCUGAACCCGCUGGCGGUGGAGUACAGAGGCAAUUCCUAUAGUUCUUAUGUAAUUAUUUGUAUAUAUCUUUUCUUGUCUCUUGUAAAAAUAAAUCUUCUUUCAAAA